GGCACACCAAGGUUCCAAGAAGCACACCAAGCUUGGAAGCAAACAAUAAGCCGCAGGAAGCGCCGAGCAGUUGACGGACGGCUUCGAUCCAUGGAUGCCAAGAUGCCUCUUCUGCAGCUUGUGACCCAGGCCAAGAAGCCGAUGCCCGCUCGUCCGCUCCAGGAUGCUACCCGGCUGGCCAGCGCUUGGGCGCUUGUCAAUGCAAGCAUCUUCAUCGUCUCCUACGGCUUGAGCUCCGCCAUCGUCCCUGCACUCUGCCAGCUGCCGUGGUGCGAUUUAUGCAGGGAGGACGCCAUGGAACGCGCCCUCUUGAUCGGGCUGUGGUGUUGCGUCGCACUGCAGGCGGCCGCGGCGGCGCUGGCUCUGCUUCUUCCGUGCCGCCGCCACUGGAUCCGCCGUGCCGUUGCCUACCUCGCCGUCGCGGUCGCCAUCGUCGGCCACUGUUUGUUGGCCAGCAUCGCCCCCCUCGCCGCCGACGCAGGACUAGGCUUGCUCGUCCCCUUGAUCGUCUACGCCGUGGCGGCCCUGGUGCUGCUACUCCCGUGCCGUUGCCGCCGGAUCUGCCAUGCCCUCGCCUACCUUGCGCUUGCGGUCGCGGUGGCGGCCGUCGUCAUCGGCUGCUGUAUUUUGGCGAGCUUCGUCCCCAUCGCCGUCGACACAGGACUAGGCAGGCUCAGGCUCAUCCUUUUGGUCGUCUACGUGGCGGUCAUGUUCAUCCUUGCGGUGGGCGACCUCAGCUUCCUGGCCCUCCUCAUAGGAGGGGAAUUCCCAUGGGACUGCUGAUUGGUCAGCCCCAAGCUCAUGCCCAUGGAUCAGCUCAUGAGGUACUCACGUACGUACGUACGUAACGAUCGACUUGCGGGGAAUAUUAAUAUUGAUGUGGUGCACUUCAUCGGCCUAGUAUUGGACCUUAAUAAUUUGAUGCUGAAUUAGCCUGUUAUUUGUGUGAUCGAGAUAUGCUAUUGAGUUCGUAUUAUUGAUGAACAAGCUACA